GUCCAAAACGCAAAACGCACCCUCGCCCUCCCCGCCCUGCCCCCCUACCAACCGGAGCUGAUCCGCACCACGACGCGCGAAGUGCGGGACCUCGACUCCUCGAUCGCCGCGCUCCUCGCGCCCUACGCGGGUUCCUUCAACCCCUCGUCGUCACCAGACACCGCCUGUGCGCUGCUCGUCGCGCACCUGUGCAUGCGGCGCAACAAGCGGUGCUUGCUGGCGUACCACAAGGUGCGGGUUGAGAAGCUGGAGGGGUUUUGCUGGGAGGGCGUGGAUGUGGCUGAGACGCACCAGAAGAGCGCGGGCGAAGGCGGGGCGGGCGUCGGCGAGAGCAGUCUGGCGCCCGAGGAGGAGGAGUAUGUGAGGUUGUAUGGCGAGCUGCUGGCGGCGUACAAGGGGCGGUGGACGGAUGUGGAUUUGACGGGGAGUCUGGAGCCGCCGCGGGAUCUGUUUAUUGAUGUUAGGGUGUUAAGGGAUGCGGGCGAGAUUCAGACGGAGUAUGGGUCGAUUACGCUCACAAGGAAUAGCCAGUUCUACGUGCGCCACGGCGAUGUCGAGAGGCUGAUUCAGCAGGGGUAUCUGCAGCGGUUGAGCUGA